GCCGGCGCUUGCCUUAGAAAGGCGCUCCGCGCGCCGCGUAAACUACCCUGCGCCGCGGCGGAGCAGGUGCUUUUUGAGGCAGAACCAUGCUCACAUUCAUGGCCUCUGACAGCGAAGAAGAGGGAUGUGAUGAGCGGACAUCCUUGAUAUCAGCCGAGAGCCCUACAUCAGGCUCCUGUCAGCAGGGCCGGCCGGGACCGGAGGAUGGAGAGAACACUGCCCAGUGGAGGAGCCAGGACAGCGAGGAAGACUGUGAGGAAGAGCCGGACCGCUACACCUGCAGUGCAGUCCCUGGCCGAGCGCCGGGCCUGGAGGAAGAGCUGACUCUUAAGUAUGGAGCAAAGCAUGUGAUCAUGUUGUUCGUGCCUGUCACGCUCUGCAUGACAGUGGUGGUGGCCACCAUCAAGUCCGUGCGUUUCUACACAGAGAGGAACGGGCAGCUCAUCUACACGCCCUUCACCGAGGACACGCCCUCGGUGGGCCAGCGGCUCCUCAACUCCGUGUUGAACACCCUCAUCAUGAUCACCGUCAUCGUGGUCAUGACCAUCUUCCUAGUGGUACUCUACAAGUACCGCUGCUACAAGUUCAUCCAUGGCUGGCUGAUCAUGUCCUCCCUGAUGCUUCUGUUCACGUUCACCUACAUCUACCUUGGGGAAGUGCUUAAGACCUACAACGUGGCCAUGGACUACCCCACACUCUUCUUGGCCGUCUGGAACUUCGGGGCAGUGGGCAUGAUAUGCAUCCACUGGAAGGGGCCACUGAUGCUUCAGCAGGCUUACCUCAUUGUCAUCAGUGCCCUCAUGGCCCUGGUGUUCAUCAAGUACCUGCCAGAGUGGUCUGCCUGGGUCAUCUUGGGUGCCAUCUCUGUGUAUGAUCUUGUGGCUGUGCUGUGCCCCAAAGGGCCACUGAGGAUGCUGGUGGAGACUGCCCAGGAGAGAAAUGAGCCCAUAUUUCCUGCCCUGAUAUACUCAUCUGCCAUGGUGUGGACAGUGGGGAUGGCAAAGCUGGACCCCUCCUCUCAAGGGCCACUGCAGCUCUCCUAUGACCCAGAGAUGGAAGAAGACUCCUAUGACAGUUUUGGGGAGCCCUCGUACCCUGAAGCCUUUGAAGCCCCUCUGCCUGGCUACCCAGGUGAAGAGCUGGAAGAAGAGGAGGAAAGGGGCGUGAAGCUCGGCCUGGGAGACUUCAUCUUCUACAGUGUCCUAGUAGGCAAAGCAGCAGCCACUGGCAGUGGAGACUGGAACACCACUCUGGCCUGCUUUAUCGCUAUCCUCAUUGGUUUGUGUCUGACCCUCCUGCUGCUUGCCGUGUUCAAGAAGGCCCUCCCCGCCCUCCCCAUCUCCAUCACCUUCGGCCUCAUCUUUUACUUCUCCACAGACAACCUGGUGCGUCCUUUCAUGGACACAUUGGCCUCUCACCAGCUCUACAUCUGAUGGGAGGCAGGGUGUGGCUCUGAGGAACUGUAGGAACCUUCACUGGAUGCAAGUGUCUAGUUUUACACUCUAGUGCCAUAUAUUUUUUAAAAAAAUAAACUUUUCUUUCCUUACAAAAAAGAAUAAAAA